GCUGUGGGUGCGAUCUCGGGGGCAUGCGUCCUCCUGCUGGCCGCGGGUGAAGAGCCAGAGGCGUUGCUGGCCAGCCGUUUCCGAUGCCACGUCGAGCCGACCGAAGCUGCACUGAGAGAGGCGGCCUCUCUGGUCCAAGAGGCGUUCUUGGCACCACCGCCGCUUGUGAGCUAUGACGUGGAGCCCGGCGAUUCCUCCGAGGAAGAGGGUGGCAGCCAGGAAGGCAUUCGGUUGCGAGUCCGGCUUCGGCGCGAGGGGGACGACAAGUGGGGCAUCAAAUGGCACAAGCAGAUGUUCAAGUCGUCGCACAGACUAGUGGUGGAUGAGGUGGUGGAGGGAUCCCUCAUCGAUCGCUGGAACGAAUGCCAGCCCGCAGGUCUCCAGGUGCGUUACGGAGACCGCCUUGAGCGAAUCAACGGGAUCUCCAUAGGCCGCUCUGCCGCCGAGGCGGCGCCGAAGUUCCGAGCGGAGCUGCAAAAGGAGGAGAUCCGGGCCCUGUUUUGGAGGCCUGGCAGCGCUGAACCUCGAAAGCAGACCGGUGCGGCAGUGGCGGUAACCUUGGCUGCAUCACCCAGUUGCGGCGGCUUGUCGGCUGCCAUUGCAGUGGCUGCAGCACAUGCGCUCACAUACACGGAGGCUUCGGAGGGCUCAUCCUCAAGUCUGGACGAGCUCCUGCAGCAGCUCAGCGAGGGACGGGAGGCCAGCCUCGACCAUUGGCAGAGUGCGCUUCAGUGCAUGGCGCCUGUUCAGGCGGCGGCAGGUGCGCCUGUGGUUCGCCAAGAUUUCGAAGAGAGGGCCGACCCCGGCAACGGCUCGGUGACCGAGCACAGUCUUGGGGAGGUGCCCAACGAAGCGAUCGCAGUUGACAGCGAUCCGGAUGCUGUGAACGGAGGCGCUAUGCCAGAAAGGACUCCCGAGUGGACGUACUUUUGUCGGAAGUGUGGUGCAGCCCUCUUUCACGACCUCGACGUCCUCCAGCACCAGCGAGGAGGGCAGCGACAGGCAGGCUACGGCGACUGGCGAGCCGAUCGCCAGGCUGAAGCUGCCGCUGGCACGAAGGUCGACUGCACCUCCUUGUUUGUGCAGCCCAUGAAGUGGAUGGGCGACCUGCAUGACCAGAGCGGACGCCUCGUCUGCGGCAACCCAACCUGCAAGCAGAAGCUCGGGGGCUUCAGCUGGCACGGCCUUCCAUGCUCGUGCGGCGAAUGGCAGAGCCCUGCAUUUCAGAUUCACUGCGCGCGUGGGGGCGCCGAGAUCACGGGAGCUUUAAGCUCCGAAGCCUCCGAAGCACUGUGGCUCGAGCACCUGCCGGCCUUUGCACUCCCUGCGUUCUGGCUGUGGCUCUCGCAGCUCACCUGUGCCUCGGCGAAUCUGGCCGGAGGAGACCAUGACAUGCCUCUGGAGCCUUUCCAUCAUGUUGACGUGUUGGGCUGUGUUGUCAACUGCCUCGGCACGUUCCGAGGCACUGGCAAAAUGAAGACAGCUGUGUUUGUUAUUGUCCCUCGCCGCAUGAUGACCUAUGCGGGGGUGUGCCAGCGCAUCGGAGAGCUCGAUGAGGAGAGGAAGGAGGCCAUGAUGGAACAGGGCAAGCCUUUCUGCACCCUCCUGAUCUUGGGGCUCAGCUCGGUCAUUCUUCUGAAGUACGGCUUCCUUACCUUCAAGGUCCUUUUGAGACCAGAAAGUCUGACCACCUUCGACUUCAUCCGGGCUCUGGGAGGGGGCAUCUAUCUGCUGGUCUGGUCCAUGUUCCUGUUGGGCCACAUGCAGCUGAGCAUUUGGCGCAUAAAGCUGCUGGCUGUUUCUGUCAGCGUCGUGCUCCUCCUACGGGAGAUGAUCAUGGAUUUUCAGGAGGAUGCCUUGAUGAUGGCUUUUCGGGCUACAGCAGGCUUGGCCAUGAUGGAUCACUGCCAAGCCUUGCUUUUGCAGUCUGGCUUUGUGGUUCUGCGCGCUGCGGUGAAGUACACCACUUCCACCGUGGAAGAGCUGACCAUGCACAUCGUGGGGGCAGUUCUCCUCUGGGUGAUCUGGUUCACAGUCCAGACCUGCUUGAAGCAGUUCCUCCUCAUGACGCAAAAGGUGGCCGAUGCCAAAGCUUCACUGGAGGCCGUCAGGGCCCUCUUGUCUAGCCAAUGCGAUGCCGAG